AUACCGAUCCAAUUCUCCCGCCAAAAAUAGCCUCUACACGACUAUAUAAGUGGCUCCGUUUCAACUUUCUUCUGUUUCCGCCGUUUCUGUGCCAAACCCUAUCUACUGCGAGCCUGUGGCUUCAACCUCUCGGUCUCCAAGCUUCUCUAGAAACAAGCAGGAUUAUGGAUUCAUAUACACUGAAGUCUGUGUUAGAUUUGCCUGCACAUUUUCGUUCAGCUUUUAAUUUCAGGUACUUCAAUUCACUGCAGAGUGAAUGCUUUCCUGUUUGCUUCCACUCCAAUGCAAACAUGGUUAUUUCAGCACCAACUGGAAGUGGUAAAACAGUGCUUUUUGAGCUUUGCAUUUUGAGGCUUCUCUCAAAGUUCAUCUCUAAUGAGGGAAGGUUCGUCCAUUUAAAGGGAACCCUCAAAACAGUCUAUAUAGCCCCAUCUAAGGCCUUAGUUCAAGAGAAGCUCCGUGAUUGGAAUGAGAAGUUUGGGCCAUGGGGGAUAACUUGCCUGGAGUUGACAGGUGAUAAUGAAUUCUACAACGCAAGGAAUAUACAUGAAGCCGAUAUCAUUCUAACCACUCCUGAGAAAUUUGAUGCUGUGACUCGGUAUCGCAUAAAAGAUGGUGGCUUGAGCUUUUUUGGAGAUAUAGCACUACUACUUAUUGAUGAAGUUCAUCUGUUGAAUGAUCCACGUGGAGCUACUUUGGAGGCAAUAGUUAGUAGAAUAAAAAUGCUUGCUUGCAAACCUGAGAUGAGAUCAAGUCCUCUUGCUGAUGUCCGAUUCCUUGCUGUGUCUGCCACAAUUCCAAACAUCGAGGACCUUGCUGAAUGGCUUCAGGUUCCUGCUCAAGGAAUCAAAAGGUUUGGAGAAGAAAUGAGGCCUGUAAAGUUGACCACUAAAGUUUUUGGAUAUACACCAGCCAAAAAUGACUUUCUAUUUGAAAGGCGCCUUCAAAACUAUGUUUUUGAUAUUCUCAUGCAAUAUUCAAGAGGACAUUCGGCACUAGUUUUUUGUUCAACUAGAAAGGGGGCACAAGAAGCGGCACAGCGCCUGUCUCAAACAGUAAUGACCUUUGGUCAUUCAAAUCCAUUCAUUAAAAGCAAAGAGCAGCAGGAAAGGCUUAGGGAAGCAUCUCUAUCAUGCAGUGACAAACAAAUGCAAUCUUAUAUCAUUUAUGGUGUUGGUUAUCACAAUGGUGGGCUUUGCCUGAAGGAUCGCAGUCUCAUUGAAAGUCUUUUUCUUAAGGGAGACAUUCAAGUUAUAUGCACUACAAAUACUCUUGCCCAUGGGAUCAACCUACCAGCACAUACAGUGGUGAUAAAAUCAACACAACACUUCAACAAGGAAAAAGGUCUUUACAUGGAAUAUGACCGGUCCACAGUUCUACAGAUGUGCGGAAGGGCAGGCCGGCCACCUUUUGAUGAUACAGGAAUGGUCAUAAUAAUGACAAGAAGAGAAACUGUCCAUUUGUAUGAGAAUCUUUUAAAUGGAUGUGAAAUGGUGGAAUCACAAUUGCUUCCAUGUGUGACGGAGCACUUAACUGCUGAGAUAGUUCAACUGACUGUCUCUGAUAUUACAAGGGCAAUUGAAUGGAUGAAGUGCUCAUAUUUGUAUGUUAGAAUGAAAAAGAAUCCUAAGAAUUAUUUACUUAAACAAGGGACUUCAAGUGAACAGAAAGAAAGGCACAUGCAAGAGAUAUGUGUUCAGAAAGUUAAUGAGUUAUCGCAACAUCAAAUGAUCUGGACUGAUGAAGAUGGUUUCCUCUUGAAGCCACUAGAGCCUGGAAAGCUGAUGACAAAGUACUAUUUGAAAUUUGAAACGAUGAAGCACAUUAUGCAGGCCCCUGUGAACUGCAGUUUAGAAGAUGUACUUCAUAUCAUAUGCCGUGCUGAGGAGAUUGCUUGGAUACAGCUCAGACGCAAUGAGAAGAAACUUCUAAAUGACAUCAACACUGAUAAAGAUGGCAGACUUCGAUUUCACAUCCUUGGCGAUAAAGGAAAACGGAAAAAGCGUAUUCAAACUAGAGAAGAAAAAAUAUUUGUUUUGGCAAAUGAUUGCUUGACUGGCGAUCCUUCAGUCCAUGAUUUAUCCUUGACCCAGGAUACAAAUUCUAUAUGUUCAAAUGGGUGUAGAAUUGCUAAGUGCAUGAAAGAGUAUUUCAUUCACAAGAAGAAUUAUAAAGGAGCCUUGAAUUCAACAGUUUCAGCAAAAUCAUUUAAUCAAAAACUUUGGGAUGAUAGUCCAUACUUGCUGAAACAAUUGCCAGGCAUUGGAAUGGUGACUGCAAAGGCUCUACAUUCAAUGGGAAUUAAAUCAUUUGAGACACUAGCUACAGCUGAUCCAAGAAGGAUAGAGAUAGUCACUGGUCGAAAAUUCCCAUUUGGGAACCAUAUUAAGGAUUCUUUACUUUCACUACCUCCAAAAGUUGAUAUGAAGAUUGAAGAUAUCAAGUGCCCCAGACAGGGAAAGUCCAAGCUGGUAGUAACAUUGACUAGGCCAACACAAUCAUUGCAAUCAACAAAACGGCAUUAUGCUGACAUGAUUAUAGGUUCAGAAGAGGACAACUUAAUUCUCUUUCAUGAGAAAAUAAGAGUGGAAGAGUUCCCCAGCCCAUAUAGUGCGACAAUUCUGCUGUCAAACCCCCAGGGAAAGCUGACUAUUAAGGCUGAUCUUAUUUUUGAAGAAUACAUUGGCAUUGAUCUACGCCAAAAACUUCUAUUGAUGAAAGAGAGCAAUAUAAGCCUGAAUCGCAAACAGAGAAAUAAGCAGACUUCCACUUUUCUUCCAACGGAGGAUGUGUGUGUCAUAGAUGACGAUGAAACUACAUCUGGAGUUUCAGCCAAACAGCUUCAUAAUUCCGCCAACUCUAAAAGGGAAAAUGAUUUCAUGCCCAGUUUCAACCUCAUAGAUGAAGAGAUGGGAGAAGGUGAGACUGAUGUUGAACUUCAAGAAGACGAAUGCAAAAUCAUCACUGAACAAACAGUAUUUGACCAUAUUCGCGAAAAGGCCAAAAAGUUUCCUGUCUUGGCUGCAUCAAUUAAUGCCUGUUCUCCAUCAUCAGAGGCCCUGCCUCUUACAAGAAAACGCACGAUCGGGCAGCUGCUUGAACUCCACAGAGAAGUAGAAGUUCUGGAGGAGACAGGCAGAAACAAGAUUCCACGACAGGGCGUGGCCAAUCCAUCUUCAGAAUCCAGAGAGGUAGAACAUGAUGGAAUUAGUACUAACAAAUGUAUAACUCCAAAGCCCCAAGUUACUGCCAGAAGCUUGGGUGCCGCGAUCGAAGGUUGGGUUCCUUCAGAACCUGAACAGGGGACAUUCAAGACUUUAAAUGAGCAGUCGAUAUUUGAUCACAUAUCGAAAAAAUCUAAGAAUUUUCCAGUGAUCAAUAAAUCAAAGACCAUAAUUUCUGAACCGUCACUCUGGCCGCAGGAACACUCCGAGGGUCGAGGUGAGUUCGGUAGUGCUGCUUCUGAAACAUUGAAGGAUAUGAAUUCAGAUGAAGUCUUGAAAGAUACAGUAGUCAUUUCAGAUUUUGAACCCAGGGAGGUGGAAAAAGAUGCAUGCGUUUCCAAGGAAAGCGCAAAAGUCAAACACAAUUUAUUUCCUGGAAGCUCAUCUGGCACAUUUGGGUUACUGAAUAUUCCUCCCAGAGCUUCAAGCACCAAUGGUGAUCUAUCAUCUAUUAAAAUGCUAUCUUUUGAUAUUUCUAUGUUGAAGAACAAUGAGCAGAUAGCAGACCCAGUGAGCUCCACGAAAAGUAGCAGGAAGCAGCAACACUCUCCAAGAGAGUCUAAAAAACAGCAGUGUUCUCCAAGUGAACCCAGAAGGCAGUUCUGCUCGUCGGAAACAGCUAGCGAAACCAGAGAAGCAGAUUCAUAUCUUGGGUUUAAGAGUGUCUUUUCAUUUCUCCACUGAUACUUCUUUCGCCAGGGAAUUAAAGGAUCGUGCGAUUAGAGCCAUUUAAAUUUGAUUCAAUCGCAUCAGUUUCUAACUAGAGAUGGUACGUAUAUUUUCCAGAACCCGAUCCGAUAAUUCAUAUGGUCAAUGAUCAACAUUUGAAAUAUGAUCUGGUGUCAAAUUUUUUGUGAAUCAGACAUCUUGUUCGAACCGACGCCACGCCACGCCCUCUAGGCUCGAGACAUUUACUACAAGUCUACAACUAUUAUAGCAAUUAGCAACCUCACUCUUGGGAGUAGUACUACUAUAAUUUGGAUUUGCUCACUUUCGCUUGCAUGAGUCUAUUCCAACGCGAAUUAAGGAGAAAAUUUCAGACGGUACACAUCCCAAACACAUUUAGAUGGGAAGUCUUCGAACAAAACAUACCCGAAUAAUUAUUUGAGUAGGACUGCAAGUAAGCACAAAUAUUAUAUAUAUUGAAAAGUAGUCUCAUUUAUUUUAUCAGUAUUUUGUUUCAAUUUAGAUUUUAAAUUUCAAGUUUUAAAAUUUUUACAAUUUUCUGUAACUGACACAUAAACACGUAUAGUUAUGUAAAUAAAAUUGUAAGUACAGAUAAUAUUUUUCAUUAUUUAUUUAAAAAUCCAAUAAAAGAAGUAAAAAUAAUGAAUAGAUUUUGGUUAUGAAAGGAAAACUUAUAAAAUCCUGGAUGCUUAGCCAACCCAUAUAAAAUCCAUUGUUACUAUAUAAUAAUUUUUACAUUAACAAAGGGAAUCGGGAAAAUUAAUCUUGCUUUGCUCUGACUUCACCAAGCACCUCGUGGUCCUGGCUUGAUUGAAGAGAUCUUCCAAGGGAAAAGCCGGUGGCCUCAUGGCUGGCUUCCUUUGGAAAACGCAGCAUCGGGAAUAUCCGAUGAAGAUCAACGAAGAAAUCAGCAUUGUGGUGGAAGCUGAGUUGUCUAUUACAUACUUUGUCACUCGAGUUGUGCAUAAAAUGAAGGGAAGGGCGUCAUGACAUGUAAAAGAGCAACAGAGCAUGAAAUGGGUGGAUUCCACUUUGUUUCGGAUCGUAAAGGACAAAAGGGU